AUGGGACGAAAGGGUGUCAGGAAAUUUCUCAAUGCUCCACCAAAACGUCACAGGCAUUACGGCCCCACCAAGACCGUACGAGUCCGAAAGCCAUCAGUGGAGGUGCCAACUGAGUCUGUAGGUGAUGCUGGCUGCGCAAUGGACUUCAACGGGUUUGAGGUUGGCAUUACCAGAGACUUGCCAAUGGCAAGGGUGAUUUCUAUGUUUGAUGGAAUAGGAGCAGGCAGAGUAGUUUUGCAACGGCUGAAAAUAGCUGUAGAAAAGUAUUGGUCACUGGAGGUGGAUGAGCAAUGCAUACGCAUACUUAAUGAGAACUUUGAUGAUGUAAUACAUCUCGGUUCAGUAACUGAAUUUGAUUGUGAAGCUGUAAGCAACAUUGGCUGCUGUCACAUCUUAUUAGGUGAGGUUGGCAUGAUAAACUUUUCGAAAGGCGGUUCGCCCUGUGGUGAUAUCAGUAGGCAAGUCACUAUUCAGAGUCAACAAUUAGUCAACCCAAACCGCAAAGGGCUCGAAGAUGUGAGUGGGCAAUCUCACCUUUUUUAUGAUUAUGUCCGUGUUCGCAACCAGCUAAGUGCUGCUGCACAGGCACAGGGAAGGAACUUUUUUUGGUUAUUUGAGAACACAUCCCAUUUAGAAACAAAAGUAAAAGCCGCCAUGUCAGAGGCACUUGGAUGUCGUCCAAUCGAACGAUGUGCUACCAAAUACUCUGCCACAAAACGCAAGCGCCUAUUCUGGUCAAAUAUACCUGGAGUAUACGAAGGGAGGGAGAAAAAUGAGAGGAGAAGGUUACUCCAAGAGUAUUUAGGCCAUGUGCGCACCGCAAUGGUCCCAGUUGCUAAAACCUUUACAACAAACAGGGCAGCACAGAAGAAUGCUAUGGGAUGUCUGCCAGUCUCUUACCAGGGAAAACCCGAGGGUUUAUUUGCCAGGGACUUGGAGGUGUUACUAGGGUUCCCUGCAGGAUUCACUGAUUAUGGUGGAAUGUCAAAUACAGCCCGCUCCAAGCUACUUGGCAGAUCUUGGUCGGUUGAUGUGGUGAUGGCCCUUCUCGCUCCUCUGAAGGACUUUUUCAGACCAGAAGAGUAG